UGCCCGGAACCAUGCUUUCGUUAGUGCUGGUCUUUUGUUUCCGAUCGGUCGAUAUUUUGAAAAGAACUUUACUUAUGGCGACCUUCAUAGCAGAGGCGUGAAAUGUCUCUUAAUUUCUCUUUACUUGUCUGAUUAAAUGUAUUUGAGCGCAUGUUAAAAUAGGUGCCAUGGGUGUAGUUCGACAUGUUGUGUGUGCUAUGUCUGGAGGGGUUGACAGUUCUGUCAGUGCACUGUUACUCAAAAGAAUGGGCUAUCGUGUGACUGGUGUGUUCAUGAAGAACUGGGACUCUCAGGAUGAGAGAGGGGUCUGUUCAUCAGAGAGAGACUGUGAAGAUGCUUAUAAAGUGUGUAAGAUGCUGGAUAUGCCUUUCCACCAGGUCUCAUAUGUUAAAGAAUACUGGCAUGAAGUAUUUAGCAAUCUUCUUAGGGAAUAUGAGAAGGGCAGAACACCAAAUCCAGACAUAAUGUGUAACAAACACAUCAAGUUUAAGCACUUCUAUCAGUAUGCAGUUAAUACUUUAGGUGCUGAUGCCAUGGCAACGGGACACUAUGCCCGGACGUCCCAGGAGGACGAGGAGGUUUUUCAACAGAAGUACGUUCCACCUCCCAGAACCCUCUUCAGAGAUCGGUUUGAAAUGAGAAAGCCUGUGCGGCUCUAUCAGGGUGCUGAUCGCUUGAAGGACCAGACAUUCUUUCUCAGUCAGAUUUCCCAGGAUGCUCUGCGACACACAAUAUUUCCCCUAGCUGGGCUAACCAAAGACUUUGUGAAGAAAAUAGCUGCUGAAGCUGGCUUCCAGCAUGUUCUAAAGAAAAAAGAGAGCAUGGGGAUCUGUUUCAUUGGAGAGAGAGAUUUUGAGAACUUUAUCCUUGAGUACAUAGAGCCCAAACCGGGAAACUUUGUCUCCGUUGAAGAUGGGAAGAUCAUGGGGCAGCAUAAAGGCUGGUUCACAUUAACACUGGGUCAGAGGGCUAGAAUAGGAGGACAGGUAGAUCCUUGGUUUGUAGUUGAUAAAGAUAUCACGACCGGUGAUGUAUUUCUGGGUCCAACCACUAACCACCCAGCACUGUUCCGAGACACGAUGCAGACAGACCGCUUCCAUUGGAUAGCCGAAGACCCGCCUGUCGAACUUGUCCGAACUCAGAUGAUGGAAUGUCUCUUCCGUUUCAUUAACCGGAUGCCUUUAACUCCAUGCACUGUAACCUUGAAUCUAGACGGGUCAGUGUGGGUAAUGCUGAAAGAGCCAAUAAGAGCAUUGACACCUGGGCAGUUUGCUGUCCUAUAUAAGGGAGAUGAGUGUUUGGGCAGUGGGAAGAUCAUUCGUCUGGGACCCACACAAUUCACUCUUCAGAAAGGUCAAAACUGCCUGAGCUGCCCGCCUAAAGACACAAACCAACAACAUCCAGAGCCUGUCAACUGAGACGCACGCAUGCAGCACAAACCAGCACCCCUCUUGUGUUUUAUCAAUAACAAGAACUUAGGGGGCUCUUAGUAUUCACAGACAUUUAGGAUGGGGGAACCCUUAAUGUGACUUGUAUGUUUUCUGUAUUUUUUUCUUAAUUGUAAUUAAUUUGGGAAUUGUAAUUUAUUUGUAAAAUACAUACGUAGUGAUUGUGGUAUUGCUCUUUCUUAAGAUUUUAUACAUGCAAGUGGUUAUAGUGCCUUUAUGGUGCAACAAUCCUGACCUAUGCAAUCUUUCAGACAAAUAUUAAGCUACAGGUUCACAGUUUGUUCUUCUUGAGUACUGUUACUGAGUUCCUUUCUCUCCCAAUAGAGGGCGUGGGAGCAUCACUUACUGUAUGUCUAG